UUUCCCGCCUUCUCAGAAAGCCACACCCACAAAUGUGGUGAUGGUUGCUGGAGCGGAGGGGGGCGUGUCCUGACGGCCACCUCCCUGCUUCAAACCUCCGCCGCCGGUGUCUGUGUUUAGUUGGUCCCCGGCUCCGGCAAGAGGCGGCCGCAAGAACGAGACUUGGUGGAAACAAUUUUAACAACAUAAAAGCAACAAAAAAAAAAAAAAGUUCAACGCUUUUAAAGGCAAAAAAGCCCCCAACAAUUCCCACUGAAUAUACGGCUGUCGCUGCUUAUCUGUCACCGGACGCCUCGCCCCUCAGGUACGGGCUACUUUAGAGACCAUGGCACAACAAGAUGCAGACAAAUAUCUGUAUGUGGAUCGGAAUUUAAUCAACAAUCCUCUAGCUCAGGCCGACUGGGCUGCAAAGAAACAAGUAUGGGUACCCUCGGAAAAACAUGGAUUCGAAGCAGCUAGUCUGAAGGAGGAGGUGGGGGAUGAGGUGAUUGUGGAGCUAGCAGAAAAUGGCAAAAAAGCGAAGGUCAAUAAAGAUGACGUCCAGAAGAUGAACCCACCAAAGUUCUCCAAAGUUGAAGAUAUGGCCGAGCUGACGUGCCUGAAUGAAGCGUCCGUCCUGCACAAUCUGAAAGAGCGAUACUACUCUGGCUUAAUAUAUACUUACUCUGGAUUGUUUUGUGUGGUAAUUAACCCUUACAAGAAUUUGCCAAUUUACUCAGAAGAAAUAGUGGAUAUGUACAAAGGAAAGAAAAGACAUGAAAUGCCACCACAUAUCUAUGCAAUCACUGACACAGCCUAUCGCAGCAUGAUGCAAGAUAGAGAAGACCAGGCCAUCCUUUGCACUGGAGAAUCUGGUGCUGGCAAAACAGAAAAUACAAAGAAAGUAAUCCAGUACUUGGCUUAUGUUGCGUCUUCUCAUAAAUCAAAGAAAGACCAGGGUGAACUGGAGAGACAAUUGUUGCAAGCUAAUCCAAUCCUUGAAGCAUUUGGAAAUGCCAAAACUGUUAAAAAUGACAAUUCAUCAAGAUUUGGCAAAUUUAUCCGGAUUAACUUUGAUGUGAACGGCUACAUUGUUGGAGCAAAUAUAGAGACCUACCUGCUGGAGAAAUCCCGUGCAAUUCGACAGGCUAAGGACGAACGAACGUUCCAUAUAUUUUACUAUCUAUUAUCAGGAGCUGGAGAACACUUGAAAACCGAUCUUCUGUUGGAGGGCUACGACAAGUACCGUUUCCUUUCCAAUGGACACGUUACCAUCCCAGGCCAGCAGGACAAAGAUUUGUUUCAAGAAACUUUGGAAGCAAUGAGGAUCAUGAGCAUUCCUGAUGAUGAACAAAUUGGAUUGCUGAAAGUUGUUUCUGGUGUACUGCAGCUGGGUAACAUCAUGUUUAAGAAGGAGCGGAACACCGAUCAGGCUUCCAUGCCAGACAACACUGCUGCGCAGAAGGUGUGUCAUCUUUUGGGAAUUAAUGUGAAUGACUUUACUAGAGGAAUCCUCAUGCCACGCAUUAAAGUUGGUCGAGACUAUGUACAGAAAGCACAGACAAAAGAACAGGCAGACUUUGCUAUAGAAGCACUUGCUAAAGCGACAUAUGAGCGCAUGUUCCGCUGGUUGGUGAUGCGCAUUAACAAAGCUUUAGACAAGACAAAGAGGCAAGGUGCUUCAUUCAUUGGAAUUCUGGACAUCGCUGGGUUUGAGAUUUUUGAGCUGAACUCCUUUGAGCAGCUGUGUAUCAAUUACACAAAUGAAAAACUGCAACAGCUCUUCAACCACACCAUGUUUAUACUGGAGCAAGAGGAGUACCAACGGGAAGGGAUUGAGUGGAAUUUCAUUGACUUUGGCUUGGACCUUCAGCCUUGUAUUGAUUUGAUAGAACGACCUGCUGGUCCCCCAGGUAUCCUGGCUCUUUUGGAUGAGGAGUGUUGGUUUCCAAAAGCUACAGAUAAGAGCUUUGUGGAGAAAGUGGCUCAGGAGCAGGGCAACCAUUCAAAAUUCCAAAAGCCCAAACAGCUUAAAGAUAAAGCGGACUUCUCCAUUUUGCACUAUGCUGGAAGGGUUGAUUACAAAGCUGAUGAGUGGCUUAUGAAGAACAUGGACCCACUGAAUGAUAACAUUGCUACACUUCUGAAUCAGUCAUCCGAUAAAUUUGUGUCAGAGCUUUGGAAAGAUGUGGACCGCAUUGUUGGCUUGGAUCAAGUAGCAGGCAUGGGUGAGUCAGCUUUGCCAGGGGUCUUCAAGACCAGAAAAGGAAUGUUCCGUACUGUAGGUCAAUUAUAUAAGGAACAACUGUCUAAGCUUAUGGCCACUCUAAGAAACACAAACCCCAACUUCGUCCGCUGCAUUAUUCCAAAUCAUGAGAAAAAGUCUGGUAAAUUGGAUGCCCACUUGGUGCUAGAUCAGUUGCGCUGUAAUGGUGUGUUAGAAGGGAUCAGAAUCUGCCGACAAGGCUUUCCCAAUAGAGUCGUCUUUCAAGAGUUCAGACAAAGAUAUGAAAUUCUUACUCCAAAUUCCAUUCCCAAAGGCUUUAUGGAUGGAAAGCAAGCAUGUGUUCGAAUGAUCAAAGCCCUGGAGCUAGAUUCCAACCUUUUCCGUAUUGGACAAAGCAAAGUGUUUUUUAGAGCUGGUGUCCUGGCUCAUUUAGAGGAAGAACGUGACCUUAAAAUCACUGAUGUGAUUAUCGGUUUCCAGGCCUGGUGCAGAGGCUACAUUGCAAGAAAGGCAUUCGCCAAACGUCAGCAACAGCUUAAUGCAAUGAAAGUCAUUCAAAGAAAUUGUGCAGCUUACCUAAAACUGAGGAACUGGCAGUGGUGGCGUCUGUUCACAAAGGUUAAGCCACUGUUACAAGCAAACAGGUUUGAUGAGGAAUUGCUCCAAAAGGAAGUCGAACUUCAAAAAGUGAAAGAUCUUCAACUUUCCUCUGAACAGAAAGUUUCAGAACUGGAACACGUACAGAUGCAGCUUCAACAAGAGAAAAUGCAACUGCAGGAACAGUUGCAAGCCGAAACGGAGCUCUGUGCAGAAGCGGAAGAAAUGAGAGCUCGGUUAGCAGCUAAGAAACAGGAACUGGAGGAAAUCUUGCAUGAUUUGGAGUCUCGGGUAGAAGAGGAGGAGGAGCGAUGCCAGAUUUUGCAGACUGACAAGAAGAAAAUGCAGCAGAACAUUGGGGAGCUGGAGGAACAGCUGGAGGAGGAGGAAGCUGCCAGACAAAAGCUUCAGCUGGAAAAAGUCACAAUUGAGGCAAAAUUGAAGAAGAUGGAAGAGGAUGUAAUCGUCCUAGAAGAUCAAUCCAGCAAACUGAGCAAGGAAAAAAAACUUCUUGAGGAUCGCAUUGCAGAAUUUUCGACCAAUCUAGCAGAGGAAGAGGAAAAGUCAAAAAGCCUGGCUAAAUUAAAAAACAAACAUGAAACCAUGAUCUCUGACUUGGAAGAGCGCCUACGUCGUGAGGAGAAGCAGCGCCAGGAGCUAGAGAAGACCCGCCGCAAGUUAGAGGGAGACUCUACUGACUUGCAUGAUCAGAUUGCAGAGCUGCAAGCACAGAUAGCAGAAUUGAAAAUGCAGCUAGCUAAAAAGGAGGAAGAAUUAAACUCUACCCUUGCAAGAGUGGAGGAAGAGUCUGCACAGAAGAACAUGGCUCUUAAGAAGAUUCGGGAGCUUGAGGCGCAGAUCAGCGAACUGCAGGAAGACCUGGAAGCCGAGAGAGCUGCUCGCAGCAAGGCAGAAAAACAAAAGAGGGAUUUAGGAGAAGAACUUGAGGCUCUUAAGACAGAACUAGAAGAUACUCUGGACUCCACAGCUGCCCAACAAGAACUCCGAACAAAACGGGAGCAAGAAGUGUCUCAGCUGAAGAAAAACUUAGAUGAGGAAGCUCGACUGCAUGAAGCCCAAAUCCAGGAGUUUAGACAGAAACAUGCCCAAGCUGUAGAGGAGCUCUCUGAGCAGCUAGAGCAAACCAAGCGGGUGAAAGGAAACUUGGAAAAGGCCAAACAGGCUCUGGAGGGUGAGCGUAAUGAGCUGGCCAAUGAGGUAAAGGCGCUGCUACAAGGCAAGGGAGACUCCGAGCACAAGAGAAAGAAAGUAGAGGCUCAACUUCAAGAGCUGCAAGUAAAAAUAUCAGAAGGAGACAAAGUUCGGGCAGAGCUGUUUGAAAAGGCCAACAGACUGCAGGUGGAAUUGGACAAUGUCACAGGGCUUCUUUCUCAAGCAGACAGCAAGUCAAUCAAACUUUCCAAAGACUUUUCUACAUUGGAAUCCCAGCUUCAGGACACUCAGGAACUUUUGCAAGAAGAAACUCGUCAGAAGCUUGGCCUCAGUACAAAACUGAAACAAAUGGAAGAUGAAAAGAAUAGUUUCCUUGAACAACUAGAGGAAGAAGAGGAAGCAAAGAGAAACUUGACAAAACAGAUUUCAACAUUGCAGGCUCAGAUGACAGAUAUGAAAAAGAGGAUGGAGGAGAGUAUUGGGUCCUUGGAAGCUGUUGAUGAGCAAAAGAAAAAAUUCCAGAAAGAACUAGAAGCUACAAAUCAACGGUUUGAAGAGAAAGCAGCAGCUUAUGACAAGCUCGAGAAGACUAAAACUAGGCUUCAGCAGGAACUAGAAGAUAUUAUCGUGGACCUUGAUCACCAACGACAGAUUGUAUGCAACUUGGAGAAGAAGCAGAAGAAGUUUGACCAGUUGCUUGGUGAGGAGAAGACCAUUUCAGUUAAAUAUGCAGAAGAACGCGACCGCGCUGAAGCAGAAGCUCGGGAAAAAGAGACCAAAGCGCUGUCCUUGGCACGUGCCUUGGAAGAAGCCCUUGAACAGAAGGCUGAGUUAGAAAGACUCAACAAGCAGCUGCGGACUGAAAUGGAGGAUUUGGUUAGCUCUAAGGACGAUGUUGGAAAGAGUGUUCAUGAACUAGAAAAAUCUAAGAGGACAUUGGAACAGCAAGUUGAAGAAAUGAAGACUCAGUUGGAGGAACUUGAAGAUGAGCUACAAGCCACAGAGGAUGCCAAGUUGCGAUUAGAAGUCAACCUACAAGCCAUGAAGGCACAGUUUGAGAGAGAUCUGCAAGGACGUGAUGAACAGAGCGAAGACAAGAAGAAACAGCUUGUCAGACAUGUAAAAGAAAUGGAAGCAGAGCUUGAGGAUGAAAGGAAACAACGUUCAUUGGCUGUAGCAGCCAGAAAGAAGCUUGAGAUGGAUCUGAAAGAGUUAGAGGGACAAAUUGACUCCGCAAACAAAAAUCGAGAAGAAGCCAUCAAACAACUGCGCAAAUUGCAGGCACAAAUGAAGGAUUACCAAAGAGAGCUGGAAGACACAAGAGCAUCCAGAGAUGAUAUCUUAAGCCAAUCUAAAGAAAACGAAAAGAGAAUGAAAAGUCUGGAAGCAGAGAUGAUCCAUAUGCAGGAGGAGCUUGCUGCUGCAGAGCGUGGCAAAAGACAAGCACAACAGGAAAGAGAUGAAUUGGCAGAUGAAAUUGCAAAUAGCAGUGGCAAAGGUGCUCUGGCUGUGGAAGAAAAGAGACGUUUAGAAUCCCGCAUUGCACAGCUCGAGGAAGAACUGGAGGAGGAACAGGGCAACACCGAAUUGUCCAAUGACAGACUUAGGAAGGCUACUCUCCAGAUUGACCAGCUGAACACUGAUCUGAAUGCAGAACGUAGUAAUGCUCAGAAGAAUGAGAAUGCUCGUCAGCAAUUAGAUCGCCAGAACAAGGAAUUAAAAACAAAGUUACAAGAAUUGGAAGGCUCUGUUAAAUCUAAAUUCAAGGCCUCCAUCACAGCCCUGGAAGCAAAGAUCUCGCAACUGGAGGAGCAGCUUGAUACUGAAACAAAAGAAAGACAGGCUGCAAGCAAACAAGUCCGUCGCACAGAGAAAAAGCUGAAGGAUGUGCUAAUGCAAAUGGAAGACGAAAGGCGCAAUGCCGAACAGUUCAAAGACCAGGCUGAGAAAAAUAAUGUCCGUAUGAAACAGCUGAAGCGGCAGGUGGAAGAAGCAGAAGAAGAAGCACAGCGUGCCAACGCUUCAAGACGUAAAUUACAACGUGAACUUGAGGAUGCUACAGAGACUGCAGAAGCCAUGAACCGUGAGGUUAAUACCCUGAAGAGCAAACUUCGACGUGGUGGUGAUGUACCAUUUGUUACAAGACGCAUUGGAAGAAAAGGAGUUGAUGAAGCUUCUGAUGAAGAUUUGGAUGGAAAAGUGGAUUCUGGGGAUCUAAAAUCUACUGACUAGGGAUUUAACCACCACAUAGAGCUACAAAUCUAAAAUGUUAUAUACCAUGUUGGAAAAGAGCAAUGACAUAUAUUUUUUCUGUCUUGUUUUCUUUAAGCCAUUACUUGAUAAGAUGCAAUCAUUUCCAUUGAAUUUGUGUUUUGUGGCGGUCUCAGAAUGCUGGCCUAGAUGUUUAGGCACUUUCUGUAAAGAACGGAUAUAUGAACUUAAAAAAAAAAAGUAGUUUACGUCUAUAUUAAUUCCAAAAGUGUCUUUAGGGGGUGGCUGCUAACAAAUUUAGUUUACCUUCCCUCUUGAAAGUGUUCUUUGUCAAGAAAACUUGUCUUCAUUGCUGCCUUUUUCUGUUUUAAUAUGCUGUUUUGCCAAAAUACACUGUCAUUGGAAAGUCAAAUGAGGACCAAAUAUUUAAAGUUUGGAUCGCAUUUUAUAUUACAAUGUGUUUUGUAUACAUUAAAGUAUAUAAGGGAUAAAUAAAUUGUUAUAAACGUAUAACUGGAGAAUUAGCUGUCCUGCACCACUUAUAUGAACCGAGAUACUGUGCACUCCUCUAUUUUAAUGGUCAAAGAAUUUUCAAUGCAUAUAUUUUUUUUUUGCUUCACUGCCAGUUGGUAAUGAUCAUUGUAAAUGUAUUGUUCCCUGUUGAACCAAAUAGCAACUGUACAAGAGUUUGCAAACUCUAGAGACUUUUUGUUAAAAUCUAUCAGAUUUUCCGGUAUGAUGCAAAGUGCCUUUAUACUGCAGCCUGUUUGUAUCCAGAGUUAAGGAAUCGUGUCUGAUUCUAAUUGCUAUUGCUUACAAUAAAUAUGAACAGUACUGCAAGUGA